UCGUCCGGACCGGCGUUAGAACCCGUCAGAAUCUGGGCCGAGGACCGGACCAUCAUGGCUGCCGCGUUUACUGCGGCGGUUCUGGAGCUGACCUGGGAUCUGCGCGGCGGCUCGUGGAGGCUUUUUACCGUUGAUGUAAACACAGAGCGGUUCUGGACAUUUUCGCAUCAAAUGAUUCACGUUUUAUGGCUGUAAUGACUCAUAAUGUUCCGUAAAUCUUUAAAACUGGUUUUUGAACAGAAAGUGAAAGCCUUUUAAUACAAAAGUCCUGGCAUGGCUCCAACAUUGUAUGAUAGAAAACCUCAGCCAGGGGACCUGAUUGAGAUCUUCCGUGGCUCCUACCAGCACUGGGCUGUCUACGUUGGCGAAGAUUAUGUCGUUCACUUGGCAGCGCCCUCGGAAGUCGCUGGCGCAGGCUCCAGCAGUGUGAUGUCCGUCCUGACGGAGAAGGCUCUUGUUAAGAAGGAGCUGCUCUGGGACGUGGUGGGAACAGACAAGUGGGAGAUAAACAACGGUCUGGACGAUAAGUACAAGCCUCGUCCGCCUCAUGUUAUUGUGCGGGAAGCCUGCGACAUGGUUGGCCUGGAGCUGCCGUACUGCGUCUUCAGGAAAAACUGCGAGCACUUUGUCAACGAGCUGCGCUACGGAAAGGCCGAGUCCCGGCAGGUGCAGAAGGCAGGUGAAACUGCAUUGGUCGCUGGCGUGGCUGCAGCUGUGGGUUUGGGUGUCGUCGCUCUGGUGGGGGUUUUGUUCAAAGGCAGCAGCAGAAAAGAAGACAAGGACACCCAGUGACUGACGUCCCCAGUGGUCUGUUAAGGAGCUUUGAACAGCUCCUCACCAGCAAAGUCAAGGGGCCAAUAACCACGACUGAUCACAGAUAACACCGCGCAACAUCCACAUGGGAUAUUAAAAAGAAACGGGCUGAUUUCUGCUAUGUCUUCUCUGUCUUUAACAGUCAUCCAUGAGUUGAUUUGAAAAGGUCGAGGCUUUGAUCAUUUCCCUCUAUUUCAGGGUCUAAAAUUUGUAAAAGCACAAACACAACAAUUUGUAUUUUUGUUCAUAAACGUAAAUAUAUGAAGUUCAUAUGAUAAUAUUUUGAAUUAUAAACAUUGUACCUUUUGUAAAUACAAGACUUACUAGGCAGAAAUCAAAGUAAAAAUCUGUAAGAAAAUGUAUAUCUUCAUUGCUAUGAAACACUUUAUAAAGUAAUACAUGCACAAAGCCUAAUUUUCAAAAACAAUACGUUCAAGGAGUCAUUGUAAUGUCCUAUGAUAUUUUGUCUUCCUCAGACCUGUUUGUAAUCAAUAAAGAACAUUUUGUGAA